AUGAGAAAGGACUGCCAGCCUCCGUCCUCCGUGUUAACCGGUGCCACAGCGAGCAAAGUACCAGCAUGCCUCGAGACAAAGCCCUUAGUGGCCACGUUACUAGCCUUGACCUUAGUCAUGCUCCUUUGGAGCCUCCCUCCUUACUAUCAAAACCUCCUCUCCACCACCACACGCUCCACUUGCUCAGCCCCAGAAACUACUGUGUCUUUAUCAAAUGGUUCCUCCUCAUUCACCAGUACCUCAUUAUCUGACCAAAAGUACUUAUCCUCGUCAUCGUCCUCUCCCAACGCCGACCCAAACAAGCGGAUCUUCCAGGCCUAUGGUAACGCCGCCGCUCUCUUUGUUCUGAUGGGCGCAUACCGAGGCGGGCCGACCACCUUUGCUGUGGUUGGCCUUGCUUCGAAGCCAAUUCACGUGUUCGGCCGUCCCUGGUACAAAUGCGAGUGGAUCUCUAACAAUGGCUCUUCUAUAAGGGCCAAGGCUUAUAAGAUUCUUCCUGACUGGGGCUACGGUCGAGUCUACACAGUGGUGGUUGUGAAUUGCACCUUCAGUGUCAAUCCAAAUCAAGCCAAUGCGGGUGGAAGGCUCAUGGUCAAUGCCUAUUACGGUGAGUCUCAGAGGAAGUACGAGAAGUUCACUGCAUUGGAGGAACCACCUGGCUCUUACAAUGAGUCUAAGUACCACCCUCCUUAUCCAUACGAGUAUGUUUACUGUGGGUCUUCUUUGUACGGGAAUUUGAGUGCUUCGAGGAUUAGAGAAUGGAUGGCUUACCAUGCCUGGUUCUUUGGACCAAGCUCUCAUUUCGUGUUUCAUGAUGCUGGUGGUGUAUCCCCUGAGGUGAGGGCCGCGUUCGAGCCUUGGGUUCGUGCUGGGAGGGUUACUGUUCAGGAUAUAAGAGGGCAAGCUGAGUUUGAUGGGUAUUACCAUAACCAAUUUCUGGUGGUGAAUGACUGCUUGCAUCGCUACAGAUACUCUGCUAAUUGGACAUUUUACUUCGACGUGGAUGAAUAUAUCUAUUUGCCUGAGAGGAAUAGUACCUUAGAAUCUGUUUUAAAGGACUUCUCUAAUUAUACCCAGUUCACCAUUGAGCAGAACCCAAUGUCCAGUGAGCUCUGCUUCAACGAUCCUACUCAGGACUAUCCCAGGCAAUGGGGAUUCGAAAAACUAUUAUUCAGAGAAUCAAGAACUGGGAUUCGAAGGGACCGGAAGUACGCAAUACAGGCUAAGAAUGCAUAUGCUACAGGAGUGCACAUGUCGGAGAAUGUAAUUGGCAAAACCUUGCACCAGACUGAAACCAAGAUUCGAUAUUAUCACUACCACAAUUCAAUACAAGUACUAGGCGAGCUGUGCAGGAAAUUCCUUCCUCUAUCAGCCAAGAACAAUGUGACUUGGUAUGAUAAGCUCCCUUACGUGUAUGAUGAUAGCAUGAAGAAGCUGGCCACAACCAUCAAGGAGUUCGAGCGCAAUACGAUUGGACCUGUACAGGCUUACUCAUGA